UAACAUGAUGCAUCAUGGUUUAUUAUUGAAAUAUAGUGUUACAUAAUGAGCUUUAUUUAUGCAUUAUGGAUGAUAUGCUUGCCUAUUGCUCUGUGAAAAUAUUCCAAAGUGUAUAUAUUUUAUUUGUCUUUUAUGAAUGAAUACUUGGGUGGAGUCACAUGACCACACACGAUCAUGUGACUUCCUGUUAAGUGUUUUUUAAAAGUAGACUUCCUGCUGUUCAGUUCAUUUACAAAUGUUGCCCUGACGAAGACUUGGUGUCGAAACAUGUUGGUGGUGUCCAUGUAGCUAAUAAAGGACUUUUAAUUGAGUAAGUACAGAGUGCCUCGGACUUUUCUUGCUUCAGUUCAAGUCACAGUUACUGCUUCAGCAAGUUUUUUCUGUAUUUCUAUUCAUCCGCGGGCCUGGUCCUUGUAGAGCACCUGCUUUUUACCCAUUGUUCACACCUGUUUUGGAGCCAUAAGCAGCACUCAACAAUCCUCCCUUUUUUUGCAAAGUUCUACUUCACCCACCACUGGGCCGUGGUGUUUUUUGUUGAGUUGCUCCGUUCAAUUUACCCUGGACGUUAUUGGAUCACAAGAUGACACAGCCAUCUAAGAACACAUUAUUUUUUACCCAAGAGGAAGGACGCAAUAUUAUUGUACAAGACUCUUUAUUCUGCAUGGAAAACCCAGGCUCACCUGAACUACCUUCUUACAAUGAACUUAAAAGACUUCUUGAGAAAGAAAAGAAACUGGAGUUACAUGCAAUAACGCUAUCCGACUACUGGCGGCAGAACAUCAUACCUCGUGGGCUCCGGAUAAAUAAAUUUCCAUCCUUUGGACAAGAUAACCUUGAAUUUAAACAAAAAUGGGAGUCCGUACUAAAUAAAUGCUCUUUUGACCUGAUGCUAUUACUGAUUGAUGAGGCAAAAAAUCAAAGAGAAGAAAUCAAACAGAAGAUACCGGAAGUAAAACGGAAGUUGUCACUUGUCAACGUGACACAACAACAGAAGGAGGAAGCAGCUAUCACUGAAAGUAAAAUAAACGACGACAUACGUGAGCUGACAAAGACCAUCACAAGUACAAAAAUGAAUAAGUUUCAAAGAGACAAAAAAGAUUAUGAUGAAGGAGCCAUCUAUUCUUGGCAGCGCCGGCACACCCGGGGACCACCGAGACGCGGCCGUACAGUCUCAUUCAGCUUACCGGGCAGCACCACAAGUGAGGACGAGGACCGCUCUGACACAAGUCUGGCUGGUUCUUCUCAUUUUUUAGACAAAACCCGGACACCUCACAGUGGCGCAGGAAGAAAACACGGCGGGGCAGACGGGGGAGGAGGAAAACGACAGCUGAGACCUCGACAGCCCCAUCAAAAUUACCACCACCACCACAAACGGUGAAAGACGAGCUAUGGUGUGGCUUAAAAAAGAAGAAGACAUCGUGGUGAGAAGAGCGGAUAAAGGGGGAGCUACAGUAAUAUGGGGUAAGAAUGAUUACAUCAUGGAAGCCCAAAAACAAUUAAACAAUAGACAGUAUUAUGUGCCACUCAAAUCGAACCCCACUGAGAACAUAAAAAGAGACCUUUUUGCAAUUUUGAACCCUGCACUGGAAAAUAAGUGGAUUAACAAGAAUGAAUUUGAAUUUCUCUCUCCCUCUAACCCUAAACUGGCAACUUUUUAUCUUCUUCCCAAAAUACACAAAAACCUUCAUUCACCCCCAGGUAGACCAAUAAUUAACGGAAUUGACACUAUUACAGAACCAGCUUCUCAAUAUAUAGACUUUGUUAUCAAACCCCUAACAAUGUCACUGAAAGCAUAUUUGCAAGAUACUACACAUAUACUCAAGGACCUUCAAGAAAUGCAACAAGCCCCAAAUGCUAUUUUAGCAACCAUGGAUGUUGAGUCACUUUACUCAAAUAUUGACCACCAGGAAGGCCUAGAGGCCCUUGAACAUUUUUUACAAAAAAGAUCAAACACCGAGACUCCUCCGACACAAUUUGUUGUUUCUCUCACCCAAUGGUCCCUCAAUAACAAUAUAUUCCUAUUCCAGGAUCGUCUCUACCAACAAACCAAGGGGACUGCCAUGGGGGCUUCAUACGCCCCCAACUAUGCGGGAUUAUUUUUGGGGCUAUGGGAAGAGAGGUAUGUGCACAGCACUGAAAACCCCUUCAAACAGCUCAUCAAAUACUAUGGUCGUUACAUUGAUGACCUUUUCUUCAUUUUUACUGGUACAACAGAACAACUUCAAGAAUUUCAUCAAUAUUUAAACAGCACUAAUCCUAACAUCAAACUCAGUUUGGAAUUCAGCAACAAAGAAAUAAACUUCUUGGACCUUCUAAUAUCACUGGAUGAACAAGGCUCAAUACACACAUCUCUGUUCAGAAAAAGUACAGAUCGAAAUACUGUUUUACAUGCUGAAUCCUUCCAUCCUAAGAGUCUCAUUGAAAACAUUCCAUUUGGGCAAUUUCAACGUCUCAAGCGCAUCUGCAACUCUCAAACGGACUUUAAUACCCAAGCUACGGAAAUGCAACAGCGGUUCGUUCAAAGGGGCUACAAAGCAAAGACACUGAGUGGGGCUCUAACACGAGCAAAAACUUUGGACAGAAGAAAUCUUCUCAUAAGGAGACAGCGAGCUCCAUCACAAACAAAAAACAGAAUUUUCUGUACUUUACAGUACAGCAACAUGGCAUACAAAAUCAAAAACGCCAUUACAAAAAACUGGUCCAUACUGGCUUGUGACCCUUCACUGGGCCCCUUGUUCUCUGAGCCCCCCAGGUUUGCCUUUAAAAAAGCCCCCACCCUCAAGGACAAAAUCGUCAAAAACUAUUUGCCAGCAUCAAAACUUGAGACUUUUUUCAAAAAACCCAUUGGCACCUUCAGAUGUGGGGCAUGUGUCCAUUGCACACAGAUCAAUCGUUCUACACAUUUUAUGGACUCUACAUGCACCUACACUUUUAAAUGUCGUUCUUUUGCAAACUGUAAUACAACACAUGUGGUAUACCGACUGGACUGUGUUUGUGGGUGUUUUUACAUUGGUCGCACAAAAAGAAAACUGAAAGAGCGUUUUGCAGAACACAAAUAUGCUAUCCGUAAAGGAAACAUGGAAUAUCCGAUUGCAAAACAUUUCAAGAACAUGACCCACACAAACAUUAAUGAACUCACAAUCAUGGCAAUUGAAGUUAUUGAGAACACUCCCCGAGGGGGUGACAGGUUGAAAAGAUUAUUGCAGAGGGAAACCUUCUGGAUCCACUCUUUGAAAGCAACUGUGUUCCCUGGACUAAAUGAAGAAAUAGACUUUUCUCCGUUUCUGUAAAUAUAUUAAUGUGUUCUGAAUGAUUGUCUUUGAUGAUGAGGGUUUACUCACUGUUUCAUGCCACUGUUUCCUAUUCUACACACAGUGCCUUGCAGUCAGUAAUUUUUUCAUUAUUUAUUUUCUUCUAUAUGUUAACAUGAUGCAUCAUGGUUUAUUAUUGAAAUAUAGUGUUACAUAAUGAGCUUUAUUUAUGCAUUAUGGAUGAUAUGCUUGCCUAUUGCUCUGUGAAAAUAUUCCAAAGUGUAUAUAUUUUAUUUGUCUUUUAUGAAUGAAUACUUGGGUGGAGUCACAUGACCACACACGAUCAUGUGACUUCCUGUUAAGUGUUUUUUAAAAGUAGACUUCCUGCUGUUCAGUUCAUUUACAAAUGUUGCCCUGACGAAGACUUGGUGUCGAAACAUGUUGGUGGUGUCCAUGUAGCUAAUAAAGGACUUUUAAUUGAGUAA